AUGAAGCCGGAGUUUCUUGCUCUGGGGCUCCUGGGGUCGCUGGCCGCGGCCGUGCCCGUCCAGGAUCUCACGCUGAGGGCCCCGUCCUCGGAGGUCCCGCGCCUAGUCCUCUACUACCAGACCACGCAUGAUUCGCUGGGGCAGCCCAUAUCGAUGCUGCCGCUGAUCACGGAGAAGUAUAUCGCCCUGACGCACCUCAUCGUUUGCUCGUUCCACAUCAACCUCGACGGCUCCAUCCACCUCAACGACAACCCGCCCGACUACCCGCUCUUCUACACGCUGUGGAACGAGACACAGGUCAUGAAGGAUGCUGGUGUCAAGGUCAUGGGCAUGGUGGGUGGCGCGGCUCCUGGGUCCUUCUCGGCGCAGACUCUUGACGGCAGCGACAUAGCGUUUGAGAUCUACUACAGCCAGCUGUACAGCGCCAUCGUCGAGUACGAGCUGCAGGGCAUGGACCUGGACGUCGAGCAGCCCAUGAGCCAGGCGGGCAUCACGCGGCUGGUGCGGCGGCUGCGCAGCGACUUUGGGCCGAGCUUCAUCAUCACGUUGGCGCCCGUGGCGUCGGCGCUGCGCGGCGGCGCCAACCUCAGCGGCUUCGACUACAAGGCGCUGGAGACGGCCGUCGGGAGCAGCAUCUCGUUCCACAACGCACAGUUCUACAACGGCUUCGGCAAUAUGGCGUCGCCGACCGACUACGAGCGCGUCGUCACGCAGGGCUGGAACCCGCAGAAGAUCGUCGCCGGGCAGAUCACGACGCCGUCCAACGGCGGCGGCUGGGUGCCGUACGACCGCCUCAACGCCACCAUCGCCGCCAUCCGCACCAGGUACGGCCAGAUCGGCGGCAUCAUGGGCUGGGAGUACUUCAACAGCGAGCCCGGCGGCCUCGCCCAGCCGUGGAAGUGGGCCCAGGUCGCCACGGCCAUCCUGCGGCCCAACGACGUGCCGCAGCUGCGCAUCACCAGGGACAGGGCCCAGCGGCUGACCCAGUCGUGGAAGGACAGCGUGUCUGCCACCGCGCCGGCGUCAGGGCCCGACGUCGUUGCCGCCGUGGUUCCGGACGUCGAACCAAAUGUCGACUACAUGGCCAUGGUCAAUGCCUAG